CUCCAUGUCGACGGGUCGGAAUGGCCUCGGUGAUGAUGAGAAAUAACGGAGCGGCGCGCGAGCAGAGAAGGUAAAUGCUCGCGUAACGAUGGGCAGCAUCACCUGCAAGAGACAGAAUCGCGUCAAGAACAAAGAUGCCAGUACAGUACAUCAGCCAAGCCGGGGGUGUAGAUGUCGCCGAUGUCUCCGCACAGUAGCUGCAGGCACGACCUCAGCAUUUCUGGGCCCGAUAGAACUACGGAGUAAAACUCGCGUCUCAGAAAAAAAGUCGCGUGCGCUGCAAGACUCUGCCAUUGACCCAACAACAUCAUCGACACGACCUUCAUCGACAUCGUCUUGAGCCGAGGAGGUAGUGCUGCAAGCUUUGACGAGUCUUUAGAACUACUGUACCACCGGCCAGUGCCGCCGGACAGCGUUAGCAUCCAGCCAGAGUCGCCUGACUUCACUCCUGCACAUCGCGGCAUCGCAAGAAGCAUCAAAAAUGGCCAUGGCCACCAAAGGCACCAUCGCCAAACGACUGUUUGCGGGAGUGGCCCACGUUCGCCACUACUCGGUUCCAGCCUACCGCGCCAUACCGGCCGCAAAACAGAAAUACGUCCCUACGUCUGGCACCUACCCAAAAGGAUUUCUUGCUGGAAGCGCUUUUGCAGGCGUCAAGGCGAGCAACACCAAAUAUGACGAUCUGGCCUGGGUUACGUCUGAGACGCCAUGUCCAGCGACCGCAACCUUCACGCAAAACGUCUUCAAGGCCGCGCCUGUUCUCAAGUCCAAAGAAUUCUUGAUCGCCCGGAAGUCAGAAGGCUUUCGAGGCGUCAUUGUCAACUCUGGCUGCGCCAAUGCUGUCACGGGCUCCUUAGGCCUCGAACACGCGGCAACUAUGGCCCGAGAGACCGACAAGCUAUUCAACCCUGCUGCUAGCGACGACGCCACGCCUCAGACUCUGGUUAUGAGUACCGGCGUCAUUGGCCAGCGUCUUCCCAUCGACAAGAUCACAGCUGCUAUCCCCAAGCUCCAGCGGAACGUCGGAAAUACUCACCAACACUGGCUUAAUGCUGCCAAGGCCAUCUGUACCACAGAUACCUUCCCAAAGCUGCUCUCUCGCACCUUCACAUUACCAUCGCACCCAGACACCAUCUACUCCAUCGCCGGCAUGGCCAAAGGUGCAGGCAUGAUUCACCCCAACAUGGCUACACUCCUUGGAAUGAUCUGCACCGAUGUCAAGAUUGACUCAACGGCAAUGCGUAUGCUACUGACUCGUGCAGUCAACUCUUCUUUCAACUGCAUCUCCAUUGAUGGCGAUACAAGCACCAAUGACACUGUCGCCUUCUUUGCUAAUGGGGCUGCGGCACCUAGCAAUGUAACGCCCUUGUUCUAUUCGAAGAUCAAAGGCGAACGUGGUCAGUCUGGGCGAGGAGUGAAGAUUGUGUCCAGCAACGAUAUGAUUGAGAUGGAAAAAGUGUUGACAGACUUUGCUCAAGAUCUUGCCAAACUGGUUGUUCGCGAUGGUGAAGGUGCCACGAAAUUUGUCACAAUACGUGUCAAGGCGGACACAAACUAUACCAAUGCACGACGAGCCGCCGUCUCCAUCGCUCGCUCUGCACUGGUAAAGACAGCACUAUACGGCAAGGACGCUAAUUGGGGUCGCAUUCUGUGUGCAAUUGGCCACGCCCCAGGGAUCAUGGACAGCCAGGAGAUCAGGACAUCGGACUUGCAGGCUGCGAGAAUCGCGAGGGAGCCUGCAAAGGAGAAAUGGGUCAAGGCCGAGCGGGCGGUAAUUCCAUCGCAGACAUCAGUCAGCUUCAUCCCCGCCGACGGCUCCGAGGAGCUCAAGUUGCUGGUUCGCGGCGAGCCUGAGCAAGUAAACGAAGCGCGCGCCAAGCAGAUUCUAGAGAUGGAGGACUUGGAGAUCCUGGUCCGACUAGAGGACAGCGAUUACACUGAGAAGCGCAAACCUGCUGUGAAGGAGGCAGUUUACUGGACGUGCGACUUGAGCCAUGAGUAUGUCACGAUCAACAGCGACUACCGCACGUAGCCCAAGCUGGCAUUUUCGGCUGUCAAUCAGAUGGCAUUGUAUUACGAUGGGAUUCAAGAUGCUCUUCAGCUUCUGCAAAGCUGUUGCGCCCGACAAUUCGCCUUCAUAUAGAGGUCGACGACCGGAUCGUGGUGCGGAAGCUUGGCAAAGGAGGCCUCUGAUGAGUGGGUUGAAGGGGACUGGGCGUGGCGUGAGUGAACGUAGAAGGAUGACUCACUUAGGAAUUGUAGUUGCAAUUGUAUUAUAGGCUUACAUACAGUAGACUGAUCUCAGUCUUCUCAUACGUUGCAGAUGGCCGUG